AUGACUUCUCCCAACUCUUCGAAGAAGUCACAGCAAAAUGUCUUUCCACCUAAAUUGUUGUCGGUACAUAAUUCAAAAUGUCUUACCUCUGAUCGAACUACAGUUUCGUCAACAACAUCUUGCACCAUUUGUCCUAAUCAGAGUCAUCAUCUGCGACUUUGCCCCCAGUUUUUAAAACUUUCCUUUGAGGACAAAUUUUUGAUUCUGAAGAAAAAUAAGUGUUGUAUAAAUUGCCUAUCCCGUGGUCAUGCAGUAAAAGACUGCAAAAGCAAAUUUAGUUGCAUUGUGUGCAAACAGAGACACCACAGCCUUCUUCACCGGCCACAAAUUAAUAGAGUUAUUGCUUCUUCCAAAAGUCCUCCGGCUUUCACCAAGGUCAAAAGUCGAGGACAGAAUUUGUUGUCGCGUUCUUCGGAAACCCCUUCUCCGACUUUUACUAAAGUCAAAAGUCGAGAAUCUUCUUUGUUGCCGCGGUCUUCCGACAAAAAACGUAAGAAUCACCAGAUACCUCACCCCUCACAAGAUACCAGUGUUCUCUUAGGAACAGCAGUUGUUAAUAUAGUUCAUAAUGGAAAAACGCAUCCUACGCGUGCCAUUAUUGAUCCUUCUUCAAAGGUAUCUAUUGUUAGUAGAAAACUUAAAAAUGCAAUUGGCAUUUCGGUUGACUCGAAGAAAGAUUGCAAAUCACCUACACCAAGAGAAGUUUGUUCUCUACAGUUGUCGUCCCCUAAAAAUUCUAAAAUUGUUAAAGCAAAAGCACUUGUUCGGCCUAGUGUUAAGAGGAAAUUGUCUUCACCUCCACCUAUUUCGAUGUUGAAAUCUAAAAUUCCCUUAGAUUUAGCUGAUACCUUUGAUGGCAGCCCAAUAGAUUUGCUACUUGGCGCUGAUUUGUACCCCCAAAUAUUGGAAGCUGAACCCCCAAAAAUUGUUCUUAAUUCGUUGUUGGCCCAAAAGUCUAUUUUCGGGUACUUACUCACCGGUUCGCUUCCUCCCAUUACUAGCACCUAA